AUGUCGAAACGGAACUUUCUUACGUUAGAAAAACGCGUGGAAGUUAUAAGACUUAGUGAAAGUGGUAAAAGUGGCAGGGCUAUUGCAGAACAAGUUGGUGUUGGCAGGACACAAAUUCAUGGAAUUCUGAAACGGAAACGCGAAAUUAUGGACGAGUUUGAAAAUAAUGUUAACAUGGAGUAUAAACGACCGCGCCGGGCAACCACUUAUGAGGACAUUAAUGACUUGUGUUUGAAAUGGUUUAAUGAUGCCACUGGACGUAGAAUUAAUGUGUCAGGUCCGCUUCUGAAAGAAAGAGCACUGAAAUAUGCACAGGAUUUAGGUGUAAAUGACUUUAAAGCAUCAAACGGAUGGCUGGAAAGUUUCCUUAAACGGAACAAUAUUGUGUUUAAGACAAUGUCUGGUGAGCGCGGUGAUGUAGACAAAACUGUUGUGCAAGACUGGAAAGACAAGUUACCAUCGUUGUGCGAAGGGUAUGAACCAGAAAACAUCUUUAAUAUGGACGAGACCGGCCUUUUCUAUCGGGAUUCGACUAAGUCCACGUAUUUCAAGAAAGGCGAGGAUUGCUCGGGCGGCAAACGGUCAAAAGAACGUCUGACUGUGGCCUUGUGUGCUAGCAUGACAGGUAAUGAUUUUUUCGGGAAAAGAUCAAACCGUUGGUUAUCGGGAAGUCGAAAAACUAACAAGAAAGCCUGGAUGACUGGCGAAAUCUUUGAAGAAUGGCUACACUGGUUUGACAGACAAAUGAAAGGUAGAAAAGUGCUUCUUUUUGUGGACAAUGCACCAUCCCAUCCUCAGGUUAAUCUCAAAAAUGUCAAUGUUAAGUUCUUACCACCAAAUACAACAUCUCUAUGCCAACCAAUGGACCAAGGAAUAAUUCAGGCAAUGAAACUCAAGUACAGGAAGAAACAACUACAGUACGUGAUCAGUCAAAUGGAACUUAAGCAGGGAAAAAGUGGAUUUGAUCUGUUGAAAGAUAUAAGUGUGCUGGAUGCAAUUUACUGGGUUGCACGUGCAUUUAAAGAAGUUGAAAUAAGCACCAUUGUUAAGUGUUUCGCGAAGUGUGGAUUUCAGUUAAACAGUGUUUAA